AGGUUAUAAAACACUGUGCAGGAUAGGUCAUUAAAGUCAUUUUGCAAAAGAACGUCACCGAGUGUAGUACGCAGAGAGAUCUCCGGAAAGAAGUGCCGAACGCGUGGUUUGAUUAGUGAAAAGUGUUUGUUAAGUGGUGUUGAAAGGAAGGAAGAAAAUCUUCAUUGACCGGAGGAAUAGCAGCAGUUUUCAAUAACUUGAUUGGAUAACAGAGAUGAGAAUCCAGAGAACGUGGUUGCUGGUGGCCGGAGUGGCCGUACUCCUGGCAUGUUCCACCGAGGCCCAACAGCAGCAGCGCCGGCUAAGGGUGCGUCCACGAGUCUUGCAACAGCAGCAACAACAACAGAACAGUGCCGAGCUGGACAGUGCCGAAGAGCAGGACAACCGACCACAGCAAGCCAUCCAGUACUACCGCGCCCAGCCCCGUGAGGAGGAAGAUCCGCGACAGUUGGUCCUGGUAUCCAGUGAAGAGGACUACAACGGCCAGUAUGGAGCACCAACUCCACGGGCACGUGCCGAUACCUACCGACCGGCCGUGAAGGUUACUACUGCCACCCCGAUUGCUGCCCGCCAAAAGGUCCCAGAAGUGCGAGCUCCACCGGUGCAGACCAUCCGUAACUACAACAAGGUCAACGAUGAUGGAUCAUUUACCUUCGGCUACGAAGCUGCCGAUGGAUCGUUCAAGGAGGAAACCCGUGGUACCGAUUGCGUCGUUCGAGGCAAGUACGGUUACAUCGACCCUGACGGUAACAAACGUGAGUUCACCUAUGUGUCCGGAAACCCAUGUGAUCCCAACAACCCCGAUGGCAGCGAAGAAGAUGAGAAGUCCGAAGAAGAAUCUAACGAAAAUGUCCCCCAGAACUACCCCAAGAGACCAAUUGCUGCUCGUCCAACCCGUCCAAUCCAAACAACUGCUCGCCCAACUACCGUAUUCCAGAACAACUACAACUCUGGCAACUACAACCAGGAAGAAUCCGAAGAGGAAGUCCAGAUCGGUCAACGUGGUCGCCCAGCUGCUCGUCCUUUCGCUAACCAACAGCCACAGACCGUUACCCAGCGUCCGCGAGUCCAGAUUGUGAGCACUACCCCCAACACCGUCUACCAUACCCCAACUCAGACCGUUCCGGUGAACAUCACUCCAAAGCCAAUCUACCGACUACCAGCCCAGAACUCUCUCCAGACCCAACCUCCACCAACGACCUACCGCCCAGACACCACCACCGCAUCUGGAUACUACUCCACUACCAAGGCCAACACCCUCCUCGGCGGUACCCGUCAACCACUGGACUUUGAUGCCGAGUUCCAGAAAUUCCAGCAAGACAACAAGGUUCCAUCAACCACUCCAGCCAAGCCUAUCUCGUCAUCCACGCCGAAACAGGUCACCAACAACCCCAUCUAUCAGUCUCAGCUGGUGUACGAUCCUCAGACCGGCCAGUACGACACUGCCCUGUACCAACAGCUGCCCCAGAGCGAAGGUGACUUCCGGUUGAACCACCGCAUUCAGCCAUACGUCCACAACCCGGUCCAGCAUCAGCAGUCUCAGCUGGUUUCGCUGGAUCAACUCCAACAGCAGAGUCCUCUGUACCGUACCCAACCUCAACCAGCACCAGCCCAGGUCCAAAUCCCCCAACAACUCUACCAGAAGCAGCAGAACGACCUGCAGUUCAUCAACAGCCAGCAGCUGUUCGCUCAGCAGCUCGAACUCCAGCAAAACCAACUGCGUAACGAUCGGUUGGAAGCUGCCAAGAAGGGUCAACACAUUCCUCAGCAACACCGCUAUCAGGCUUCCUCUCCUCAGGCCCACCGUGUCCCGCAGCCUCAGCAGCAGCAGUACUACUACAUCCAGCCGCAACAGCAGUCACAUGCCAGCGGACAGAUCGAUGCCUUCCUGAGGGGACACAACAUUCAGUACUAAGUCCUGUCCCCCGGUGCGUUCCAUACGCCCCCUUUCCCUCACCCACACCCACACAUACACACAUUAGCUAGAGAGUUUUGUGUUUUGUCUAGUUGUUUAGUCUGCGAAGCGAAGCCAUCUAUUAUUUUGUUUGCGUCGUGUUAAGGUUUAAUUUAAAUGCUGAGUUUCUGUUCCCCUACGAUCCCAAUUCCCUCGCCCCUCUCACUCUGUCCAUAUAUUUAUCCCCACCUUUUCCCCAAUUCUUUGAAAUCGAUAUAAGACUUUAAACUAUUUAACCUGUUAAGUUGCGGAAGCGUUUAGAACAAAUCUAGGACUCAAACUGUUCUUACUUGCAUAAGGAAGGGUAACCGUUCGUUUAUAAUCUCGUGA